AUGGCGGUGUUUCCAAGGGUACAGCAGCAGGGGCGUCACGGCAGCCGUGGUGGCGGCAGAGGCACGGCUUCGUCUUCGUCGUCGUCCGUUACCGCCACCAAGACAACGACCCCGCGGCGAACGGUUACCGCCAAGAAGAGGGCAUCCAGCAGCGUCCGGUCCUCUCCCAGGCUUCACCUCACGCAAAAGCGAACCCCAGCCAACGCUAGACGCGGUUCUGGCCCCGUCGGAAACCGGUUCGCUUCCAACCAACGCCAGAGCACGAAAGCCAAGGGACGGACUUCCUCUGUUGGCGCACACCGCGACAGCAGUGGCGGUAGCACCGCAUCAGGCAAGGCGGCGAAAGCGGCCUCGGCAGCGGCAGGCGGAGGAGCACGGAAAAAGUCGUCGCCGGCAGACGACGUGGCGAAGGUCAUGAUUGAUCUCAAGGGAGAUAGCACCGCGGUCAUUGACAAGGCCAUGGGGAAGGUGGAGGCUGAGUGCGGCACCUUUGUGAUGACGGUGCUGGAAAGCUGCUCCGCUGGCGUCUCCGGGCGGGAGGAACACGACGAGACGGCGGCCGCGGCAUUGCGCGAGAUCGAGACAAGGCAGGCCUCGCUGGCUUCCCGGCGUUCGGAGAUGCUCAAGGAGGUCGAGAGCAACAGCAGCAACUUGUCAGCGGUCGUCGAGCGCUGUAGAGCUGCUCUGGACAGUCUGCAGCAGGCGGAGAGCCGCAAGCUCAAGAGCGGCCUAGACCGAGCAACGGGGACGAAGAGCUGA